AUGGCCACCAACAAGCCCCAUGUUCUGGUGGUCCUGUCUUCUGCCAAACCUGGCUGGUUCCUGCCCGAGCUCGCGCACCCAUACCACAUCUUAGCACCGCACUGCACCAUCACCAUAGCCUCCCACCUCGGCGGCGCCGCUCCGCUCGACCCCCUCUCCAUCUCCAGCUACGGCGAGGACGCCAUCUGCGCCGAAUUCAUGAAGUCGCACGCCGACCUCUACGCCAACACGGCCAAGCUCGAGGAUCUCAUCCCGCGCGCCGAGGCCGGCGAGUUCGACGCCAUCUUCUACGUGGGCGGUUACGGCCCCAUGUUCGACAUCGUGGACUCCCCUGCCUCCGCCAAGAUCAUUCAGGUGCUGUACGCGAACAAGAAGCUGUUGACGGGUGUAUGCCAUGGUCCCGCCGCGUUUGCGCAUGUGAACAAACCGAGCACUCAGGAACCACUUUUGAAAGGCCACAAGGUGACUGGUGUGAGCAACAAGGAGUGCGAGCUGUUGUUCCCAGUGAGUGGGAUCGUGGAGCCGUGGAGCGUGGAGGAUGAGUUGGCGAAGGCCACCGCUGGUGGCUACUCCAAGGCCGCGGAGCCGUACGGCGUGGAGGUAGUCUUGAGCAAGGGUGAGGAUGGGAGAACUUUCGUGACGGGGCAGAACCCCUCUAGUGGGCUGGGUGUUGGGAAGGCGGUCUACAAGGAGCUGUUCGGCAAGGACUAUGAGGAAUGA